UAAGAAGGUACGUAGUUUCCCGUGCUCCCGACUCAGCUUUGGGUCUUCCGGUUUCUUCCAUGUCCACCGCGUUGACCCAGGACAUACCCCUUAGAAUCUGGAUUACAAUGUCCCCGGUGGUAAACUCAAUCGCGGAAUGUCCGUCGUGGACACUGCCGAGAUCCUCAAGGGCGCCUCGCUUGACGACACGCAGUACUACCAGGCGGCUAUUCUUGGAUGGGGUGUCGAGCUGCUGCAAGGCUUCUUCCUCGUGUCGGACGAUAUCAUGGACAGCUCCAUUACGCGUCGUGGCCAGCCAUGUUGGUACCGUGCGCCUGGAAUCGGCAUGAUCGCCAUCAACGACUCGUUCAUGCUCGAGGGUUCAAUAUACUAUUUGCUCAAGAAGCACUUCCGCAGCGAGCCUUACUAUGUUGACCUGCUCGAGCUCUUCCACGACACAACCUUCCAAACGGAGCUUGGCCAGCUGAUCGACCUCAUCACCGCGCCAGAAGACGAUGUGAAUCUGGACAGGUUUUCGCUUGAAAA